ACAUCAGCAAAGUUUUCAAAUCGUUUCCCUUUCCUUUUGCUUCAUUCAUCAUCUUCUUCUUCUCCGUCGAUCCUAGUCACCUCCCUCUCUCUCUCUCUCUCACUUCACUUCACUCUCUCACACUUGGUUUAAAUUCAGCACCGUAACUCGUGCAUUUGCAUUAUCGCAUUGUCAUUUGCAUUUGCAUUUGCAUUUUCUCAAUUCUCCAUGCGGUGCUGAAUUGGGUACCGAACAGUUGGGUCAGAUCUGAGCCCGGGCGCACCAGAUCCAAAUGGAGGAAGCCUUGGAGCUCGCGCGGGCCAAGGACACCAAGGAGAGGAUGGCCGGCGUCGAGCGCCUCCACCAGGUUCUGGAAGCUUCUAGAAGAACCCUCACUUCCGGCGAGGUCACUUCCCUCGUCGAUUGCUGCACGGAUCUCUUGAGAGACAGCAACUUCAGAGUCUCUCAGGGCGCGCUUCAGGCUCUGGCCUCCGCCGCUGUCCUCGCCGGCGACCACUUCAAGCUUCACCUCAACGCGAUUGUCCCCGCCGUUGUUGAACGCUUGGGCGACGCCAAACAGCCUGUUCGCGACGCCGCUAGAAGGCUCUUGCUCACUCUCAUGGAGGUUUCAUCUCCUACAAUAAUAGUUGAAAGAGCUGGGUCCUUUGCUUGGACAUGCAAAAGCUGGAGAGUCAGAGAGGAGUUUGUACGGACUGUCACAUCUGCAAUUGGUCUAUUUUCAUCUACUGAACUUCCCCUUCAACGGGCUAUUCUUCCUCCUAUUCUGCAGUUGCUGAGUGAUCCAAAUUCUGCGGUUAGGGAAUCAGCUAUUUUGUGCAUUGAGGAGAUGUAUGCUCAAGCUGGGUCUCAGUUUCGUGAUGAACUUCAGCGCCACAAUCUUCCUUCAUCUUUGGUGAAAACUAUUAACGCCAGGCUAGAGGGGAUUCAACCAAAAGUGCACUCUUCAGAUGCUAUUUCUAGUGGUUAUAUGGCAGGGGAAAUUAAUCCUGUGUCUGUUAAUCCCAAGAAAAGUAGCCCAAAGGCAAAGAGUUCAUCAAGGGAGACAUCUCUUUUUGGAGGAGAAGGUGAUGUCACAGAGAAGGGCAUAGAUCCUAUCAAGGUGUAUUCAGAGAAGGAGUUAAUCAGGGAAGUUGAGAAGAUUGCAUCUACCCUUGUACCUGAAAAGGACUGGUCAAUUCGUAUUGCUGCCAUGCAGAGAAUUGAAGGUCUUGUGCUGGGAGGUGCUGCUAAUUAUCCAUGUUUCUUCGGACUCCUGAAGCAGCUUGUUGGACCUUUAAGCACACAAUUGUCGGAUCGAAGGUCCAGCAUUGUGAAACAGGCUUGCCAUCUAUUAUGCUUUUUAUCAAAGGACUUUUUGGGUGAUUUUGAAGCAUGUGCUGAAAUGUUCAUACCAGUUCUUAUGAAGCUGGUUGUGAUUACUGUGCUUGUAAUUGCAGAGUCUGCAGAUAACUGCAUAAAAACGAUGUUGCGUAACUGCAAAGUUGCUCGUGUACUUCCUCGGAUAGCUGAUUGUGCAAAAUAUGACCGUAAUGCCGUACUUCGUGCAAGGUGUUGUGAUUAUGCUCUUUUGAUACUAGAAUAUUGGCCUGAUGCACCAGAGAUACAGCGAUCAGCGGAAUUAUAUGAGGAUAUGAUAAGGUGUUGUGUUUCAGAUGCAAUGAGUGAGGUGCGGUCGACUGCUAGGAUGUGCUACAGAAUGUUUGCAAAAACUUGGCCAGAGCGUUCCCGUCGUCUGUUUUCAUCCUUUGACCCUUCUAUUCAACGGUUAAUAAAUGAAGAGGAUGGAGGAAAACACAGGCGGCAUGCAUCCCCUAGUGUUCGUGAUAGAGGUGCACCGAUGUCAUUAACUAGUCAAGCUUCAGUUCCAUCUAAUGUAACUGGUUAUGGAACUUCUGCUAUUGUUGCAAUGGACAGAAGUUCAAGUUUAUCAUCAGGGGCUUCUAUCUCCUCAGGUGUUCUUCUUUCACAAGCUAAGUCAUAUGGUAAAGGUGCUGAGCGAAGUCUGGAAAAUAUGUUGCAUGCAAGCAAACAGAAGGUCACUGCUAUUGAAAGUAUGCUUAGAGGUUUGGAUUUGUCUGAUAAGCAUAAUUCAUCUGCUCUCCGGUCUUCAAGUUUGGAUCUAGGAGUUGACCGUCCCUCAUCUCGUGAUCCACCAUUCCCUGCUGCUGUUUCAGCAUCUAAUCAUCUGGCUGGCUCUUUAAUGACACAAUCAACCACUUCUGGUGUCAAUAAAGGUAGUAACCGGAAUGGUGGUUUGGGCUUAUCUGACAUUAUCACCCAAAUUCAAGCUUCUAAAGAUUCUGGCAAGUUGUCAUAUAAUAGUAAUGUUGGUGUUGAGCCUUUAUCAGCUUUUUCAUCAUACUCAAUUAAAAAAGCUACUGAAAAUUUACAAGAAAGAAGUUCUGUUGAUGAAAACAAUGACAUCAGGGAGACUAGGCGAUAUAUGAACCCCAACAUAGAUAGACAGUAUAUGGAUCCUCCUUAUAGAGAUGGCAACUUUAGGGAUUCACCGAAUAGUUACGUGCCAAAUUUUCAGAGGCCGCUAUUAAGAAAAAAUGUUGCUGCACGUGUGUCUGCUGGCAGGAGGAGGAGCUUUGAUGAUAGUCAAUUAUUUCUUGGGGAGAUGUCAAACAUUGCAGAUGGACCAGCAUCUCUUCAUGAAGCUCUGAGUGAAGGACUUGGUUCAGGUUCUGACUGGUCUGCUAGAGUUUCUGCCUUUAAUUAUCUUCACUCCUUAUUGCAGCAAGGUCAAAGGGGAAUUCAAGAAGUAGUCCAGAAUUUUGAGAAGGUCAUGAAGUUAUUUUUUCAGCACUUGGAUGAUCCCCAUCAUAAAGUUGCACAGGCUGCUCUUUCCACCCUUGCAGAAAUUAUUCUUACUUGCCGAAAGCCCUUUGAGGGUUACAUGGAACGAAUGUUACCCCAUGUGUUUUCUCGAUUGAUUGAUCCUAAAGAGCUUGUUAGACAAGCAUGCUCUACGACUUUGGAAGCUAUUAGCAAAACUUACAGUAUAGAUUCUCUCUUACCUGCAUUGCUUCGCUCACUAGAUGAACAAAGGUCUCCUAAGGCAAAGUUGGCCGUUAUUGAGUUUGCAAUCAGUUCAUUUAACAAGCAUGCAAUGAAUCCAGAAGGUGCUGCUAAUAUUGGCAUCCUAAAAUUGUGGCUUGCCAAGUUAGCCCCAUUGGUUCAUGACAAAAAUACAAAGCUUAAAGAAGCUGCUAUUACAUGCAUUAUAUCAGUGUACUCUCACUUUGAUUCAUCUGCAGUUUUGAAUUUUAUUCUUAGUUUGUCAGUUGAUGUACAAAAUUCUCUGAGACGAGCCCUUAAACAGCGCACCCCUCGUAUAGAAGUAGAUUUAAUGAACUAUCUGCAGAACAAGAAAGAGCGACGUUCUAAGUCUUCGUAUGAUCCAUCUGAUGUUAUGGGAACAUCUUCUGAUGAGGGUUAUGCUGGAUUGUCUAGGAAAAAUCAUUACAUUGGAAGGUAUUCUGCUGGUUCUCUAGAUAGUGAUGGUGGCAGGAAGUGGAGUUCCCAAGAUUCAACCCUGAUUAAAACCAGUUUUGGCCGACCAGCUUCUGAUGAAACUGAGGAACAAUCAUAUCAGAAUCUUCAGACUGAUUCUAAUAGUGUUAUUCUUGGUUCAAAAACUAAAGACUCUGCUUACACAAUCAAUUCAGUGGAUCAAAAUUUUGGCUUUCAAACUAGCCAACUUGGACAUGUGGACAGUAACAUGAACUUUGAAGGUCUGUCAUCUGAUCUGGAUGCUAAUGGUCUGAUGUCAUUAGAGCAUUUAAACCUUGCUGAAGGAUUUAGACAUGACAAAGAAUUUCCUUUUGAAUUGAACCAUAAUCAUCACACCACUGAAGAUGUAAAGGUUGACUCCAUGACAGACACUGGACUCAGCAUUUCUCAAAUUCUUCAUAUGAUAUGCAGUGGAGGUGAUGGAAGCCCUGUUUCAAGUAAGCAGACAGCACUUCUCCAGCUAGUUGAAGCUUCUAUAGCAAAUGAUCAUUCGAUUUGGACCCAGUACUUCAAUCAGAUUUUGACAGUUGUUCUUGAGGUGCUGGAUGAUUCAGAUUCCUCAAUCAGAGAGCUUGCUCUUUCAUUGAUUGUGGAAAUGCUUAAAAACCAGAAAGAUGCCAUGGAAAAUUCAGUUGAGAUUGUAAUUGAAAAGCUGCUUAAUGUUACAAAGGAUAUUGUUCCCAAGGUCUCAAAUGAAGCAGAACAUUGCCUGACCAUCAUUUUAUCUCAGGAUGAUCCAUUCAGAUGUUUAAGUGUGAUUGUCCCUCUACUAGUUACUGAGGAUGAGAAAACUCUUGUCACUUGCAUAAAUUGCCUAACAAAGCUUGUGGGGCGGCUCUCUCAGGAGGAACUGAUGGCCCAGUUACCCUCAUUUCUGCCUGCUUUGUUUGAAGCUUUUGGAAACCAGAGUGCGGAUGUUCGUAAGACUGUUGUUUUCUGUCUCGUGGAUAUUUAUAUCAUGCUUGGGAAAGCAUUCUUGCCAUAUUUAGAAGGGCUUAACAGCACCCAAUUGAAGUUGGUCACCAUUUAUGCAAAUCGAAUCUCACAGGCAAGGACAGGAAAAGCAAUUGAUACCGCUCACGAUUAGCAGGUUAAUUGGAAGAGUGCUUGCGGGUUUUGAAUGUUUUCAUGUUGUGUAUUUUGUAUAUUGAUUGAGUGCAUGAGUUUUUCUGGUGGGAUUUUCAUUGUGUUUAUUUUCUCACCUUAGUCAUAUAUUUUUGUCUUCCUUUUUUCCCUGCCAAUUUUUACCGGAUUUUGAGAGUGCUGGACUGCUGGUGGUGGAAUACAUUGCCGCAAAUUGUAAUGUACAUUGAGGAAACGUGAUUGAUUUGUAUUAAAUGGUUUUCGAGAA